AGCAAGAGUGAGCUGGUCAGGUUAUAAACACGUGUUGUCUUUGAAAUCAAACUUAAGGUGGCCGCGGUGCCUAAUUAUCCAAUUCAAUGGUAAUCUCAAUUGAGUGACUGAUCAAUUUCUUUCCUAACUGAUAUUCUCCAUUCUUUCGUUUUAGGUUUUCUUAGUUUAUUUUGUAAUUACUCACAGAAUCAAUCAACUUUGAUUCAGGUUAAGAUGACAUCUAACGAAAGUGAUGCACUACCUAGUGGAGUUAUGGUGGAUAGUAAAGGUAAAAAGAAUCAUAAGAACAAAACAACAGCUAAUUUUAAGCUAAAGCUUCAAUUCUGUGAGAGAUGCCCAGAAGCUAGUGAAAUUUCCAAACUCCAUCCUGGUAUUAAAACGGUUUACGUGCCUUCUCGCCCUGCUAGUGUUAGGUUUUGCAUAUUAAAAUGUAAGUCAGCAAAAGCCUUAGAAGAAGUAAGGAAAGCUUUGCACCGGAAACAUGUUGAACCAUAUCGCGGCCAAUUAAAAUGCUAUGACACUAACUCUAAAAUUCUUAGUAAAGUCCCUGGUAUUAACAAGCAGGCUAUUAAGGACAUGUCACAACCAGAAAAAAAGCUUGCCAAAACUAUUCUCAAUAAGCAGUUAAUAACAACCCAGGAUGUGCUCUGCAAUUCCACAGCAAGAGAACUUUUCGUAAGAUAUGGUAUCACCACUAGUGGACAGAAAAUUGAACAUCAACAGGAGCAUAGUGGCAUGGUCACUGAUAAUAGUCUUAGUGAGUCUGAAAAUGAAUGUUAAUUGGGAUAAAAAUUGUAAGUCUGUUGUCUGUUGUGAUGGCCGAAGAAUUCUGUAUUUUGUUUAUGGUGGUUGUGCUUUGCAGUUUUUUAUUUGUGUAAAAUUUCAAGGUUGACUUAAAUGAAGAGGGAAAUAUUUUUCUCAAGUAAGGUUUUAUUUUCUGUAUAUACAUACAAAGAGUGUUGGCGAUUAUUUCAUUUUAUGUUCUUGAGAUUCAGUCAUAGAAUUACAGCAUUACCACUAAAAAGUUUUCUAGGCAACUGGUGAAUUUACACUAUUCACAUUAAAAGUGAGAUAGUGGUGAUGCUCGAACAGGAGCUUACAAUAUCUUAUAAGAUUUGAACUCACUCAAUUUUUUUUUACAAUUACUGGAAUGUGUAAGAAGUUUCUUAACAAUUACUGUGCUGAAGCCUAUGCCUAGUGUGUCAAUUUACAUGAAAUGAAUUAUAUUCAUGAGAUCAUUAAA